UGAGCAGUGUUUGUGCGGUACGAUAACUGCGGUAGUGGCAGAGAUAUAAUGGAGGCUGCAACAUCAGCAUCUCGUUGCAGACACCAUGAUGCUUCCUGCACUUAUCAGCUUUGUGUUGCUGGGUGUCGGGGCCAGGGGCCAGGAUGCCAGUGUGUGGGGCCAUGAUGGUGACCUUUGGGGCCGGAACCUCGGGGGUUCGGUGGGCUAUGAGAACCCCGCCUGUGACGGCAAGACGGUCGUUAUCCAAGUUUUCGAGUGGAAAUGGACGGAUGUCGCGCUAGAGUGUGAGCGCUUCCUCUCUCAGGCUGGCUACUGCGGUGUCCAGGUGUCCCCGCCUAACGAGCACGCUGUCAUCACGGCAGACUACCCAUACCCAUGGUGGCAGCGAUACCAACCCAUCUCCUACAAGUUGGUGUCUCGUUCUGGCACAGAGGAAGAAUUCAUUGAUAUGGUACAUCGGUGCAACGCUGUGGGGGUCAGGAUCUUCGUGGACGCUGUGGUCAAUCACAUGGCUGGUCUGGGACGCCAGGGUUACGGUUCUGCUGGGUCGCCUUUUGACUCUGAUGCUCUUGACUUUCCUGGUGUCCCUUACGGCCCUGAGGACUUCACUCCCAGGGACUUGUGCCCCUCUGGUGACGGUAACGUGAACAACUACGGUGAUCCAUACAACGUGCGGAACUGCUACCUGGUGUCGUUGUGUGACCUUUACGGAGCUACUGACUAUGUUAGGCAGAGUGUGGCUGGUUACUUCUCCAAGCUUGUGGAUAUCGGCGUAGCUGGCUUCAGAGUUGAUGCUGCUAAACACAUGUGGCCUGAAGACCUGCAGGCGAUGAUGGACAUGACUCACGACCUUAAUACUGACCAGGGCUUCCCUUCCAACACCCGUCCGUUCUUUAUGCUGGAGGUCGUUGACAGGAACGACGGUGCUGUCACAGUGCAAGAGUACUACGGCAUGGGUCGUGUGACGGAGUUCCGCUACUGCCAGAAGAUAGCUUGGGGUGUGCAGAACUUUGAGCAGCUGGCUGGUGUGUACGAUCCAGGCUGGGGAAUGGCUGACUCUGAUAAAGCUCUCGUCUUUGUUGAUAACCACGACAACCAGAGAAGCAAUGGUGGCCCUGGAGACACACUGUCAUACAAGUGGCCUAAGGAUUACCGUCUGGGAGUGGCCUUCACCCUGGCUCAGCCGUACGGCUUCACCCGCAUCAUGUCCUCUUACUCGUUUGGUGACGACUACGAUGUUGGUCCUCCGCACCUCAGCGACUACACCACUGCGAGUGUUGUGAUCGACGGUGACAACCAGUGUGAGGGUGGCUGGGUGUGUGAGCACCGAUGGCCCUCAAUAUACAAGAUGGUGCGCUUCAGGAACGCCAUGGAGGAGACAGACGGCUGGGAUAACUACUACUGUGAUGGUAACGUCGUCGCCUUCUCCAGGGGCACCAGGGGAUUCUUCGCAAUGAUCAAGUCUGGCACACUGUCGCAGACGUUCCAGACUGGGAUGCCAGCGGGGACAUACGAGGAUGUUGUAUCAUGUCAGAGUGUGACGGUGCAGAGUGACGGCACAGUGCAGGUGACCAUCACCAACGAGGAGGAGCCAGUCUUUGCUAUCUGUGUAGGUUGUGACUGUUCUGAACCACCCAUCGUCACAGCCACUCCUCAGCCUGACCAGACGACCCCCACCACGACACAUGGUCCAACUGAGCCCAGUUACACGGAAGGUGUCCACCGCACAGUGGUCUUCAUAUAUAAGCAAACCAAUGAGGGGCAGGACCUCUUCAUCAGGGGAGGCAUUGAUGGCAGCCAGCGACCAGGGUGUACCCAGGACGCGGAGACAGAUCCUUGUGCCAUCGACAUAACUACUAACUCGCUAGGCACAAGCAGCCACUACGAUAAGUACAACUCGUGGAGGGAAGGUGACACUCGCCUCGACUGGAUGGGUGCCCAGUCUGGGCAAGGUACUUACGGUGGGGAGGAAGCUUCAGGAACACCUCUAGUGUGGACCUCCAGCAACCCCAGCAACCCUGGCUACCAGGAGCUCAACACGUAUGGAGAUCACUACUGGAUGGUUGAUAUGGACAUGGACUGCUCUCAGACAGAGGAUGGAUGGUUUGAGGUGAAAGCCUACCUCAGCAAUGACAGUCAAGGCUGGGAGGCUGACAUCAACCAGAGUGGAGGUUGUUCAGGGUCAGCAGGUGGCAGGUCACCCUACACUACUAACAACCACCUGGGUCGUUGUGGUUAUAUUAAUGUCUUCAGCUUCGGAGACUCCCACUGCACCGUCAAUGAUUUCUCAGAUUUCUAUUAAUAUAAUAAACUGAUAGUCUCUUUGUA